CGACCAGCGGAACCUAACCAACCACAGAGAAAACCGCGUGGUUGCUGACGAGCCAUGUUGCAGCGAUUUCUGGAGAGCGCCUGGGGUUCGCUGCCUGAACUCAGUCCGCCUGGCCAAUGUGAUAUUUGGGUUACGCUCUUUUCGUCCAUACUGUGUGCCUUGGGAUUGGCCAUUGCCUGUUUCGGCUACCGCUUGUAUAGCCGUGCCUUUGGGUUGUUCCUCUUCCUGUUGGCCUUCGCGCUGGAAGCGAUGAUCGGCACCCAGUGGCUUCAGCGUGGCUCUGGUUCCUUAGGUCAAAAGCUCGUCAUCAGCAUCGCCUGCCUGGCCUGGGCAUUGCUCGCACGCGCCUGGGCGCCCAAGUUGAAAGGCUUCCUGGAGCAUGUCCUGGACAUCACCCUCGGUGCCAUCGUCGGCUUCCUGUGUGUGGCGGUCUUCAUGGAUUUGCUGGCCUCCCAGGUCGGUGCGUUGGCUCCUGACUACACUGGUUGGGAUGGCUUCGCGGUCCUGACAUUAGGCAUUCCAGUGGCUGUAGCAGUGGCCUGGCACAGCCGUGGCUGGAGCAAGCUGCUGUUUGUGUUGGCCACCGGGCUCUUAGGGGCGCUGCUGGCGGUGGGCGCUGCAGCCUCGAUUGCUCGAUGCGCGAAGAGCCAGAAUCCGUUUACUGGGGCGCCAACGGUGCUUCUAGUGGCUGCUAUUGGCGCGCUUGUUCAGUGGUUCUUGGACUAACGACCCCCGCCGCGCCGCGACAGGGUGAAGAGCUUAGUAGUUGGUGUUUGAACCCUUCUCCCAAUCGAGGUUGGGGGCACUUGACAAGCUGUUAGCACAGGCUGCUUAACUCCUAUUCACCACGGUCGGAGACAUGUUUUGUCUCCUGAAAGAUUUGGACCGACCACAUUCACGCUCUGAUACCGCGGGUCCAAGCAAGAUCAAGUUCAGAAACUCAUGAGGCAAUUGAACGUG